AUAGGAUAGGAGACUUUAAUUUGUUUCAUGACUUAUUACCUUAGCCAAAAAAAGAGAUAAAAAGAAGUCCAAUACAUAGGUGUUUGAUUGUCCCUUUUAAACGCAAAUAAACCCUCUUAUGCUUUUCUCUCUCACAACUCCAAACCACAAACUUUUUCACACUUUCUUUCUCCAACUUCUUCUUCCUAUACUUUCUCACUUCAUUUUUUUUUUUUUGCUUCAACUUCCCAAAACUCACAACACAUACCUGCAAUUUACCUAUGGAAGCUCAAGAGUUUUUCCAUACCAACUUUUCCUCAGACAAUAAUGCCACAAUCAACAAUGUAAACACUGCUGUUUCUGACCACUUUGUAGUUGAAGAUCUCUUUGAUUUCUCUAAUGAUGAUGAUGCUACUAUUACCGACCCCGCUUUCGACGACUCUCCUCCUACCAACUCUAAUGAUUCUCCCCCUCCCGAAACCAACACCAAUUCCAAUUUUUUCGUCGAUAAUUCAUGCCAAAACUCGGCAGACGGCCCUUUCUCCGGCGAACUUUCCGUCCCGUAUGAUGAUCUUGCGGAGCUGGAAUGGCUAUCCAAAUUUGCCGAAGAAUCAUUUUCGAGCGAGGACCUACAAAAGCUACAAUUGAUAUCUGGUGUGAAAGCAUCAAAUGACACUACAUCAAAAACUCAAAUCGAAUCUAACCCAAUAUUACACCCUCAAGUGUCAGUCCCAGCCAAAGCCCGCAGUAAGCGGUCACGUGGACCUCCAUGCAACUGGACUUCACGUCUUCUAGUUCUCUCUCCAACUACCACCACCACCACCACCACCACCACGACAUCUUCUCAGUUUGACACUAUUGCACCAUUAAAGAAACCCUCUCCAAGAAAGAGAGACACCAAUGAUGGAGGGGAGGGACGCAAGUGCCUUCAUUGUGCCACCGAUAAAACUCCUCAGUGGCGAACUGGGCCAUUGGGCCCAAAGACACUUUGCAAUGCUUGUGGUGUUAGGUACAAGUCAGGUCGACUUGUACCUGAAUAUAGGCCUGCAGCAAGCCCAACAUUCGUGUUGACUAAACACUCCAACUCGCAUCGAAAGGUGCAAGAGCUCCGGCGCCAAAAGGAGAUGAUGAGGGCCCAACAACACCAAUUGUUGCAACUACAACAUCAUCACAACCUUAUGUUUGAUGGAGCAUCCAACGGUGAUGAUUACUUGAUCCAUCAACAUGUGGGACACGAUUUCACGCACCUAAUGUAGUACGGUGCUAUGGUAGGAAAUUAAACCUCUCCUACGCAUCUUCGGAUAUUAAUUUUGUAGCUACAAUUAAUUUUACUUAUUUCUCUCCUACCUAAUUUUGUUAGAAGAACUUCAAGUUUUUUUAGUUUAUGACCGGUCAAAUUAAUAAUGUUUCUAUUUUUCUUCUUUUCA